CCCUUUGGCGACCGCGCAGACCGGCUGCUGCGCCAACUGACCCUGAGCGAAAAGAUCGGCCAGAUGAGCAGCACCGCGCCGGCGGUCACCCGCGCCGGCGGGGAGCAGCUGAUUCCCGCAUUCGAGUGGUGGUCGGAGUGCCUGCACGGAGCCAAGGUCGACAGCGCGACAGAGGGCGGCGCGACCAUCUUUCCACAGCCCAUUGCACUGGCUGCCAGCUUUGACCGUCAGCUGGUGCAAGACGUGGCGUCAGCCAUUGGGGACGAGCUACGGGCCAAGAGCAACGCCGCCGAGCAGCAGGGCCUGGGGCCCAGGAUGACCCACUGCUUCGGCCCCAACAUCAACCUCUUCCGCGACCCGCGCUGGGGGCGGGGCAGCGAGACGAGCGGGGAGGACCCGGCGCUGACGGGAGCCUUGGCCAAGGCCUUUGUGCGGGGCCUGCAGGGCAGCCACUCGCGGUACCGCAAGGCGGGCGCCACCUGCAAGCACUGUGCCGCCUACUCUCUUGAGGAGUGGGAGGGGGUCUCGCGCUUCGAGGGUGCUGACGUGUGUAGGGACGUGAGGGACAGCUACCUGCCCGCCUUCCAGGCCUGUGCCAUUGAGGCAGGCAGCGCCAGCGUGCUCUGCAGCUACAAUGCAAUCAACUCUACCCCCGCCUGCGCCAACCGCUGGCUGCUCCAGGAGCAGCUGCGGGGGCGCAUGCAGUUUGGCGGGUUUGUGGUGAGCGACUGUGGCGCCAUC